AUAAGCAAUGUGCAAAUAUCAGCUCUGAGAAAAGGAGCAGGGCUAAAAAUUGGACUUAAUAGCUCAUGUUCUAUCUCAGAAGGUGCUCCUGAGAUGUGUCCUGUGUUUGUGUGCAACCAAGUCUAGUGAUACAAACUUCUAUCAGUUUUCCAGUGGGUGACUUUGCAAAUGGUUCUCAGCAGGGAUCAAAAACUGUUUACUAUUCCUGUUCACAAAAGGUAAUUUGCAAGUCUCUGUAGAGCUCAUACAUAAGAUCAUACAUUUUCUUAUACGUUGAACCACAAUCAUAGGUUCAAGGAACAGUCAUUAUGCUGAAGGCGAUCCAGCUGUACCUGUGCCUCUUUUUCGUGUUUGCAUUGGGGAUAUUUUAUGAGCUGUCCAUUGAACCUGGUUGUUUCUUUGACUGCAAACCUAGUUCCAAAAAGUUCUUGACUCUGAAAGAAGUCAUGACCCAGGGUGAAAAAAUCAUCUUUUUGGAGACAAGCGAUCGUUUAGAGCCUCCUCCACUGGUCUUAUGUUCUGUGGAAUCUGCUGCCAGAAUCUACUUAGAUAGGCCUGUUGUUUUCUUUAUUAAAGGAUUGGACAAUAACACAUUGAUGGAUGUCAAGUCUUACUGUCCAGCCCUUUCAGCCUUAUCUGCUAUGAAGAAUGUUUUCAUUUUCCCACUGAAGAUGGAUAUUUUGUUCCAGGACACCCCUCUAUUGCCAUGGUAUCUUCAGAUCAAUGCAACAAAGGAGAAAUACUGGAUCUAUAUUAGCUCUGAUGCAAGCAGGCUUGCAAUGGUCUGGAAAUAUGGUGGGAUUUAUAUGGACACGGAUGUCAUUUCUAUAAGACCCAUCCCAGCAGCAAAUUUCUUGGCAGCCCAGUCUUCCCAAUUCUCCAGCAACGGAAUCUUUGGAUUUCAGCCGCAUCACUGGUUCCUCUGGGGUUGCAUGAACGAUUUUGUUGAGAACUACAAUGGAAAUUUUUGGGGAAACCAGGGCCCUUAUUUAAUGACAAGAAUGCUGAAGGGGCUAUGCAAUCUUACAGAUUUUAAGAAUCUGGAGGAUCAAAGAUGUCACAAUAUUUCUUUCUUGCAUCCCCAUCGCUUCUAUCCCAUCCCCUAUUCAAAAUGGAAGAAGUACUAUGAAGUGUGGGACUCGAUUCCAGACUUCAAUGACUCUUACGCUUUACAUCUGUGGAAUUUCAUGAACCAUGAACGGAAGAAUAUGACCACUGGAAGUAACACACUAGUGGAACAUCUGUACAAAACAUAUUGCCCAACUACUUACUGGAGCCUCAUUCAAGCAGCAGAAGGAAGUAAAGAGAUGUCUUUAAAUCAAACUAGCUGACAACUGAAACAGGAUAAGGUGCUUUUUCCUUUUUAAAACUCCGAUAAUCGUAGGAUAAUGUAGAUCAUCAAAUGGGCUUCCAUAUUAGCCUCUGGUUCCCAAACACUAAAGUUAUUUGGAUUACCUUGCAGCCAGGGAGUCAACACAAACCCAAACACAAAAUCCAGUUUGCGGGUCUUCCCCCACACCAUGAACAGGAAGUGAACCUAAACCUAAAACCUCUCAGAAGCUUUGAACUCAGACUAGACCAGUCCUUUAAACACACAAAAAAAAUGGUAGCAGGCUCAAUACAAGAGGUUCAAUAGCCAAGCACCAGGAGAUUAUGUUAAGGCCUGAUUCAAGUUCAGUAGCAUCUCAGAGACCAGCAUGAUUUGGGGAGCUUAAUUUUUUGGGAGUCAAAGGGUUUCUUUCUGCUUCAGCUUCUUGCAGGAAAGAGUACCAUAUACAUCUAAAAUGGGAAUGCAUUAUCAGCCAUUGAAGGAGGGAACCAGAGGCAUGAGGAAACAGUAAGAAAGUGUAGAUACUUGUUUUCAGCAUAAGGUAUUGCGGACAUAAAACCCAAACGCAAUAGACAGCAAAUUCAUUUGACAUCUGUUCUAAGAUAUUCCCAACGAAGUAAUUAAAACAUUAAUUGAAGUUCAAUGUCUAUGAAACCCUAACUCAGUCAAGUCUGGAAUACAAAAACCUAAUUCUUAAAUUUUGGAGUUCAACGAUGACUCCAAGCACUAACAAAAGAAUCAGAGCAGAACCAACGCAAACUGGGAUAAAGAACUCUGCUGGGAACAAGCAUCACCUACUUUCUAAAGACGCUUUGGUGGCAGACACCAUGGUGCCUAUGGGUUGGUGGCACCAUAGUGGGGAUCCCUGAUGUAGAAGAUAAAGAUAAUGACAGUGAAAAAGAAGCUGAUACGUUGUGUGGGGAAAAGACCCCAGGAGAUAUUAUUAAGCAAAUCUAGCAGUGUCAGGGAUCAAAGAAGCCCAAUUUGGCAUUUCAUGUAUCAAUAGUGUUGUUGUGUGUGGAGUUUGCUGUUGUGCUUAUACAUCACCACUUGUUCUUGAAGAUGCUAUGAUAAUUAAUAGUUCCAUCAAUAAUACAGUAGGGGAAGAAUAUUUGCUUUUCAAAAAGAUUUAGGAAUCCCAUCACAAUAGUAAUCAUGAAAAGUUUGAAGUAUAAAAAAGCCAAUCAUAUGUUAUGAUAGAUGUUAUUCUACUUGUAAUACACUUGACUAUGAUUUUGUCAGAUCCAGACCUUUAUACAAUUGCUGUAAAAUGCGAUGUUGUUAAAAUAUUACUGAGAUAUUAAUGACUGCUAACCUGUCAAGAAAUGCACUUCAGUUCAAAAACUUACAAUAGGGUGAUUUCUUGGACCUUAGCCAAGGUGGCAGCUUCAAACAUCAACAUUCGACUUUUGCUAAAAUGUUAGCAAUCUUAAUAAGAUCCUUGAGAACAUGCUGUCAGAAAGCCAUGCAUUUCAAUCUUGCAUGUACAUUGACCCAAGAUAUAAUUUUCUACUUUCAUCAGUGGAUAAGGGCUAAAAUUCAUUUGUAUAAAACAGGAGCCAAUCUGGAAUUUCUGAAAUCUGAUAUUUCAAAAGGCGAACUAAAUAUAACGUCUUCUGAGUCCAAAAACCUGAACCACUCUUUAAAACAUCCAAGGCUACCAAGAAGCAAAAAACACUUGAUUAAAAAGGCAAAGCCAGCAAAAGUCCUCUUUCAGAAUUUUGUUGAUGAUCAUCUUCUCAGUAAAAGUGAAAACAUUCUUCAACAUUGGAAGGAGCAAAAAAA